UAGACAUAUAGUUUUCUACUGAUUUUCCAAAAAAGUUCGUAGAGCAGGAGAAAACAUGGCUGAUGUUUGAAUAUAACCCUUACUAGAUGGCAGAAAACCUACAUGCGACCGAGACAUAGAUCUGCAAGAAAUCCAGUUCUGUUGGUUUGCUGUUUGGGGAACUGACUUCCGACAGAAAGCUGAGAUUCUUGUACAGGCAGCAGGGGGGCAAGCACAGUGUUGGUACCAGCAUGCUGUGAGUUAAUGCUAUACUGGUACGUGGUGGUUACAGGUCUCAGUGCAAAGCUUUUGCCAUCCUCCAAAAGCCUCCUGUGUGAUGCAGUAUAUUGGGAACCAUGCUUUUUCAGCAGCCUGGUUUACUCCCAGUCUACACCAAGUGAUGGAGCCUUUUGUUGCUGUUUGUUCUUUUCUUCUUCUCUCCAAUUAAUUUCUUAUCUAGUCUUCUUUACUGCUGCUGAUAGCAGAACAUGGGCAUGCCUUGGUUACUGUGUCUGGGUGGAUGGGAAAUCCAGAAGUAGGAAGGGUUUGUAACUCCUUUUUCCAGAAAAAAUACCCUCCCCAGCCUGAUCUCAACAGCUGAUAUUCUUCAAGUGGAAUCACCAGCAGCAACACGCAUUUUCAAGGGCCUUGCCAACUGGAUGUAGCUACAUUCUGUGCUUGUAUUCUAUUAGGUGAAGCGUGUUGGGCUGAUUGAGUUCUUGGCUUCUAGAGGGCUUUGUACAUGAGGGUGAGCUGUCUUCCCAAGAGGUGACAUUGUUGAGGUGCCCUGAGCUCUGCAGCAGUCUGCAGAUGACAAGGACGGGUCGCAGCCAGAAGGAUGGGGCUGCCCCAGCCUUGGGCAGUCACCCUUACCAUCAUCUCACAGCCGCAGCUGAGCCACGGUGGAGGGUGAACCUGGACUGUGGUGAGUGAAUGCACCAGGAUGGAGAUUUGCAUCCAAAUCUGUGACAGCUCUGUUCAGGAGCUGUUUCUUGCGCUAACAGGGGGAAGGCAUGAGAACAUCUCUUUUCCUUGGCUCUCUACAGCAAUUCUGCAAAGGGGCUGAGUAAGGAGCAGAGCUGUAGGGAGCACAGACAAGAUUCUCUCUGCCCAGUGAGGGAUGCCUGGGCAGUUCUGCUCUGUGAGUCCAGGCUCGUGUUUUUCCAUGGUCACAGGCAAUUUGUCUGGACUGUAAACACAGCCGUUUGCCUGCUCCAAUCUGUUUGCCCUGGCUAUGUCCAGUUUUGAAAAUUAGAUAACGUCAGAGCAGAAGGGAAGGUUUCUAUUUCUGUCUUCUGGUAUCCGUAUCCCAGCACAUCCCUGCUGCCACAGAAGCCUUCCAGCCAACACUAUGACAGGGAAAGAGGUUUCUCUUCCCAAUAAUUUUGUUGGCUUCCCUGCGGAAGGAAAGCUGUUUCUUGCACUUUCUAAACUCUGAUUGCUGGUGAUUUCUUUGAACAUCACUGCUGGGUUCAAAUAUUGAGGACCAGAGCAAAAAAAAUCACGUACAGUUGCUUAACUAACCAAACAUUUUCCUUUCUCUCCCGUCAUGGCAGCAGAAUUUUUUGAUGAUUAUUCAGAGGGGCGAGAAUGUGUCAACUGUGGGGCCAUGUCCACCCCGCUCUGGAGGAGAGAUGGCACAGGGCACUACCUCUGCAACGCCUGUGGGCUCUACCACAAGAUGAACGGCAUCAACCGGCCCUUGUUCAAACCUCAGAGGAGGCUGUCGGCUUCCCGUCGCGUUGGCCUCUCUUGUGCCAACUGCCACACGACCACAACCACACUCUGGCGCAGAAACGCGGAGGGAGAGCCCGUCUGUAACGCCUGUGGGCUCUACAUGAAGCUCCAUGGGGUUCCAAGGCCGUUAGCAAUGAGAAAAGAGGGCAUUCAGACAAGGAAGCGUAAGCCGAAGAACCUUAACAAAACAAAGACGCCAGCAGGUCCAUCCAGCAGUGAGAGUCUUACCCCGACCACGAGCUCCACGAGUAGCAGCAGCAGUGCCACGACCACUGAGGAAAUGCGCCCCAUAAAAACAGAACCAGGGCUCUCAUCUCAUUAUGGGCACCCCAGCCCAAUUUCUCAGGCAUUCUCGGUCUCUGCCAUGUCUGGACAUGGAUCUUCAAUUCAUCCGGCAAUUUCAGCCCUGAAGCUUUCCCCGCAGGCUUACCAGUCAGCCAUCAGCCAGUCUCCACAAACCAGCUCCAAACAGGACUCCUGGAACAGCCUGGUCUUAGCUGAAAACCAUGGGGACAUCAUAACUGCAUAAACUGGUCUUCCACCCAUAGACUUGAGGCUGAUCCACUGGAGAGAUGAAGAAGAUGCCACGUAAUAAUCACGUCAAUGUUGUUUCCCUCCUCCCCUGCUCUCCUGCCAUGGUGAGAUGUUCCAACAAAGAGGUAAAGAGGACUUACGUGAAGUGUAGGAGAGCUCUUACAAAACAAACCAAGAAGACUCAAAUCUCAAAGUAACUAAUGGAUUUGAAACCUUUUUCCUCCCUUCAAACAAGUUUCCUUUUAUUCGAUUGCCACCACCUUCUAAGAAAUAGCCAGAAACACAAAAAUGAACAUAUUUUUUGUGGGGGGUUGUCUAUUUAAAAACAUUUGCCAUUUGAGACUUAGACAAUGGUGGCACAAAAAAAAUCUUUUUCUCCUGUCACCAUCCAUUUGUUUCCUGACCAGAGGGAAUGCCAUCAUCAUUACCCCAUUUCAGUGAUCUUCCACCAAAUGGAGCCAGUUUCAGAACAGUUUGUUGAACAGACACGCUGUGGUGGCUUUAGUGGAUUUGAUAUGAUCUAGGGCAGAGAAAAAAAAGAGACCCACGUCCUCAUCCUCAGCUCAUGCAUCUAGAGCAUUGCCUUCAUUUCCCUAGAUGGUCUGAAAAUCUAAUGAAUGUCUGUAUUUAAUAGUAACUCCUUUCCUAUUUAUCACUACAAAAUCAUGGGACUGUGUUUCUAAAAGAUGGUUGGCUGAGCCUGGAGAAAGUCUGUCUGAAGUCAAAAGGGGAUUUUGGAAGGAGAAACUUUCUGGAAGCGGGUAGAGGAAACCCACCUUGAUCAUCAAAUCCUGGAGGAAACUAUUGGGCUUUUCCCUUACAAAUAGCUACAAGCCAGGCUUAGAGAUUAUUGUAGAGCACAGCAAGUGAAAAGUUGCUCUUUAACGCUGCUGUGCUCUUGCUUUUGAGACAGUUAAUUUAAUUAUUUUGCAUACUUUUCCAUUGUCUUCAUUGUCAUUGAUGAAAUCUGACUGUCAUUUAUUUCUCAUUGUACUCUGAGUGCCCACUGUUCCCCUAGAAGCUGGCUCAUGACCAUUUUCCAUGUCUUAAGGAUUUCACCUUUCACAACAAGACAAGUCCUCAGCCUCUAAUGGAUGCAGGCAGGGGCCAUCUUCUUUACUAAGCAUGUGCAUAGACUUGCUUGCCUGCAAGAGAAGCUUAACUCCAUUCAUACACAAGUAUUAAACAAAACUCAUGUGUUUGCCUAACCAUAAGCCUUUUAGCAACCAGAAAAUUCUGGAAAAUUGAGUUGGAAGUGAUGCCAAGAGGCCACAGACUCAUUCCCUUGUCCAAAAGGGAUCAGUUCUACCUAACCUACCUUUAGUUGCUCUUUGUCUAACAUGUGCCUAACAAAAUUCAGCAAUGCAUACGCUACAGCUCCUCUGUGCAGUCUAAAUGCUUCCACUGAUGCUUGCCAGCAUGUUUCCAUCAGCGUUUCCAAGGAGGGACAGCUUUGCCUGUACAGGUGGAGAAUUUCUGGGACACCUCAUCCUACAAGAUUCUCCAGUCUUGUUUCUGUCUGCUCCCAGACUCCAUUACCCUUCUGCUUGCCCUCCCAGCUCCUUCUUUUCCUCCCUGCAUCCAGAACUUGACUAUGGAACUGCCAGGUGAUACCAGAAGAGGGAUGGUGCAUCCCCACAAAAUAUGCUGAAGGAUGUAAGGUGCCACCCUCCAUCUUACACUCACACUUCUCCAUUGCCACAAAGAGUGUUUCUGACAAAAUACCAAGAUACGUGGCUUGGUGAAGAGGAAAGCCACAAACAUGGUUGAAGCAAAACCACGACCUUGUAUUAUCCGUGUUUGAACUCUCUAUUUUCCUCCUGAUGGUUGAAAAGUUUCUUUAAGGAGAAGGAUUCAACUGGACUGGUUGUGACAGAGAGUUGAAAUGGAGCACAGUAGAGAGCUGGACCCCUCCACAACCCCUGUGCUCUGCUCAGUAACUCAGAUUUGCAGGGGUUUGUAGAGGUGACAGAGACUCUGCACUACCUGGAGAAAGACACCAUGGCAGUGAUGCCAUGUCUGGAUGGUGUUUGCACCUUGAGGCUCCUCACUGAGCUUCCCCAUAAGAAGUGUGGUCUUCCCAUUGACAAGGAGUGCCUUUCAGCUGGCUUAUGGGAAUGAAACUCCUGAUCUGGGAAGUUUUUCCAUCUGCCACUUGCAAGAUAACCACAGAAUUUGCACUCUGUCCUUCAGAGCUAAUGUAAGGUCUAACCUCAUUAGUUUAUUAACUACAGACAAGGAAGAGCCGUUCAACGAAUAAAACAUUACCAUGAAAUCCUGUGAUUCUGUGGAAGCCCAGCAGCCUGCAGAGAAGAGGCCAGAAAUAGCACCUAAGAACAUGAAUUUGGGGUGAAAGAAAAAACAAAGGUGUUUCUCCAAGAGCACACAGGUCAUUAGUCAGCCUCCUCCUUGUACUGCAUUGCUUUGCACUCGGCAGCCAAGAUCUCUUGGGAUGCAGCUGUCAUCUUGUCUGUGACAGAGAAGAACACACCCCAGAGAUGCCUCUUGGCUUCUGCACACAUUUCAGAUGCCUAAAACUACCCUGGACAGCCUGAGGAAGAGGGAAGCAGGCAGCCUCCUAGAGAGGAACAAAGGUCCAGAUCAAAAGCACAGCAUUUCUCCCUCUGUGCUUAUGCUCCCAAAGGCUUUUUCUGCCUUGCCCUUUUACUGUGCUCCUUGUAUUGCCCUCAAAGCCAAAAUUCUUGGCUGAAGUUCUCUCCUGCCCUUAAAACACACUCCUAAGUGCCAUAAAGGAAUCUGUUUGCAACGCCAAGCAGAAAAACCUACGAGACAUAAGUCUGGUGGUUCCCUGGCUCACAUUCUCUUAGGUUACCUAAAUGACAGAGUUUGACUAACUGGUUUUCUGCUCCCCACAGAGCCUUAAAAAUUGGACACUGAAACUCAGUGAGGAGCAUUUAGAGGGACCCUGAUAACAAGAUGUCUGCUUUCACGAGGCUCUCGGCCCUUUCAUAGUAGAAAUGAGCUCUUUUGUCAUUCCUUUUACAAGUAGUUGAAGUUCAGGUGUGCCUCACAUUGCCAACAGAACAUGCCAACACCAGAAGUGAUGCAUGAAGGGAUACUUACAAGAUGUGAGAAUGACAGUCCUAACAAGAGGUUCAGCUCAACCUAGCUGAGGGGCGACCCUGAAAAUUUGGGGUUACAUUUGAGCUUUGCUUUCCUUCAAGUGAUAGGAGAGGCACAGAGAACCCGCUUUGUUAAUGAAAUAAAAUACAAUUAUCAGAGACUUAAUAUAGCAAAACAAUUGCCGCUAUUAUUAUUGCUAUAAUUUAUUCCAUUGCAGCAUGUCUGGAAGUCCAGCUGAGGACCACCAGCCAGAUAACUUCCAGAGGUCCCUUCUAGCAUCAGCCACAUACAAUGAUAGGCCUGAAUUUGUGUAUUUGUACACCAAAAAAAAGUACACAGCUGAGAACCAUCUCUUCCCUGAAGAG